UCUAUUAACAUAAAUUUCAUUGAUAAACACCUACAUUAUUUCUGUCAUAACAUACCGUUAGUAUUAAACAGAAUUAUGCUUUAAAUCUAUUAGAGUCAACAGCCUCUAGAAUGUAUAACAAGACCGAGGUAUUAUUGUAACCCGUCGGCGGACGGAUUAUGUUGACGGAAGUAGACGUGGAUUUUGUGAUGAAAGAAACCUACACUACACACUGACAUAUCUACAACGUUUAGAAGUCAAAGCUGCUUACAUUAUGCCGUUGAAUUAGUUUCUGAGUUGGUUCAUUUGUUGUAGGUCUCUUUUUACCCGAUUUACGGAUAUCUGAACUACCGUUCAUUCAUUCAGUGCUUUUAAAUAAUAACAGUUCGGUCCGUUUGAACAUAAACAUCUCGUAUGUAAUUCAGACUCGAGCUUUCAUGCAGUAAUGGCUGCACACAAGUCUUUAGCUGUUUAGUUAAGAGUCUCGGAGAAACUGGUUCAGUGUCAGUUCCAGUAUGGGUAUACAACUUAGUUGUAAACUUUGUUGACAGCAAACGCUCUUUUCAACAACAGAUUUAGUUCAUAGAGCGACGUAUAGUUAUUUAUAGUAAGUACAGUAUAGUAGUUGUAUAGUUGUCAAUCCCUAAAGAUGUCUCCUGUUCCUGUCCUUCCUCUUAUCAUAAACUUUUUAAUGUCUGCAAUGGGGUGCAUUGCAACAAUCAAGCUUAUUCCAGCCUUUAAGGAUCAUUUCAUAUCUGCAAGACUUUUUGGAUUGGACCUAAAUAAAACCACAAAAAAACAAGUGCCUGAGUCCCAAGGUGUAAUAAGUGGGACAGUCUUCCUCAUCAUUCUCUUCCUCUUCAUCCCUGUCCCCUUCCUCAAGUGCUUCAUGGAAGAACAAUGUCAGCGGUUCCCUCACAAUGAGUUUGUUCAGAUUAUUGGUGCUUUGUUGGCCAUCUGCUGCAUGAUCUUCCUGGGUUUCGCUGAUGAUGUUCUGAACCUACGAUGGAGACACAAGCUUCUGCUGCCCACUAUGGCCUCCCUUCCUCUCCUUAUGGUUUACUUUACUAACUUUGGUAACACCGUCAUUGUCGUGCCCAAACCUUUUCGUCUCCUGUUGGGGAUGCAUCUGGACUUGGGCAUUCUGUAUUACGUGUACAUGGGAAUGUUGGCUGUAUUCUGCACAAAUGCUAUCAACAUCUUGGCUGGUAUCAAUGGCAUUGAGUCAGGACAGGCUCUCUUUAUAUCUGGGUCCAUCAUUGUCUUUAAUUUACUGGAACUUAAUGGAGACUAUAGGGAUGACCAUGUGUUUUCUUUGUACUUCAUGAUUCCCUUCUUCUUCACCACUUUAGCCCUUUUCUACCACAACUGGUACCCUUCGUCUGUGUUUGUGGGAGACACAUUCUGUUAUUUUGCUGGAAUGACGUUUGCAGUGGUUGGAAUCCUGGGCCACUUCAGCAAAACCAUGCUGCUCUUCUUCAUCCCCCAAGUCGUCAACUUCAUUUACUCUCUGCCUCAACUGUUUCACAUUAUUCCCUGCCCUAGACAUCGUCUGCCUAGGUUAAAUUCAGACACAGGAAAGCUUGGCAUGAGUUACUCCAAGUUCAAACGGAAAGACCUAGGCAAAUUAGGACAACUGAUUCUGAAGGUGGCAGAAAUGCUAUGGCUUCUGGAUGUGCGUAGGGGACAGGAGGCAGACGAUGAGUUUAUUGAGUGUAACAACAUGACCCUUAUCAACCUGGUACUAAAAAUACUGGGACCUACCCAUGAGAAAACCCUGACGGCAGUCAUGCUGUUUAUGCAGGUCUUAGGAAGUGCCGUAGCAUUUGGAAUCCGGUAUCAACUUGUCCGUCUUUUCUACGAUGUCUAGACCCUCAAGCUCAGUCUGUAAAAUCCUGAAAGACUUCACAACCUGCUGCUCUCAACUGGAGACGACCAUAGUUGACUGACUAAAAAAUUUU